AUGGCUAAGUCAGAUGUACUACAGCCAGAUGCAGAUAAAUGCUCCAUUAUCCUGGCCCAUCUGGACCCCUUCACUUCAACUGCUAACAACCUCUGUUCCAACGAUUACGAGGCUUCCAGCAUCUUUUUAAAAUUUUGUUUUAGCACACAGACCAUGGCUACUGAAAAAGCAGGUUCAUCAGAUGGGCUAGCACAGCCCUCCUCACCUCCCCCCUACAACCAAGUGAUCGAGACGCGUCACAAUGCCUUGUCACCAGGGUAUUCUGUGCCGCCACAGCUGCCUCCUCUUCCCCUGGGCAUGCGGGGCUACAUUCAGGAGACCCAGUUCCAUGGCAGAGCACCAGGAUACACUGCCCUGCUGCCACAUGGACCCGUGGGGCCAGGAACCUACAUCUCGCCACCUCCCCCAGGCUAUGCUGUACAGCUUCAACCCUAUGCAACCCUUGUCCCAGUCUAUCCUAUUGGAAAUCAUCCCCCACCCUACCUGCCGGGAUACACUGGGAUUUCUCCAGGCACUCAGCAGUCUCAGAUCCCUUCAGGAUUCCGAAUCCUGGAACCACAAAGGCCGCCUCAUGACUACCUACCCAUCGCAGUGCUGACCACAGUUUGCUGCUUCUGGCCAACGGGAAUCAUUGCCAUUAUUAAAGCACUGGAGACUCGGGCAGCAGUGACACGGGGCGACCAGCUAUCAGCGGAGAUCGCCUCUCGCCAGGCUCGCAACUAUUCCUUCGUCAGCCUGGCUGUGGGAAUUGCAGCCAUGGUCCUCUGCGCUAUCCUAGUGAUCGUCGUGGUGAUUGAGGCCAAACACCGUGAUGCUGAAUGGGACCCAUAGGCUCACUGGGGGCAAGACAAGCAAUUGCGGCUCCGUGGCGAUAGGAAUACCAGCGCUCCCAGAGUAUUCUGGAGCCUCCAGGACUGAAAGAUUAAUCUUCUGGACACUGUGACAAGGAGCAAAAAAACAUUGGGGUUUCCAAAACAAAAUGGUUUCUCAUUAUCUAACAACACGUUCACUUAUUAGCC